CUGCUCUGGGAAUAGAAGAAACGCCAGUAGAAACAGGCGGGAGGAGAGAGAAAAAGAGAGGCUGAGUUCCGUAUAAUAUGGGAUGGAAGAGGAAGAGAACAAAUAUGAGUCCCGACUCAAGGAUGUGUAUGACAGCUGUGAUACCACAGGCACUGGAUAUUUGGAUAAAGAGGAGCUGACAGAGCUGUGCCAUAAACUGCACCUGGAGAGACAGCUACCCUUGCUCUUGGAAACACUCUUAGGAAAUAACCACUUGGCUAGAGUUAACUUUGAAGAAUUUAAGGAAGGCUUUGUGACCAUACUGUCUUCAAGCAUCGAUCUUGGUGUUUCUGAUGAUGAGAGCAGCUACUUGGAGCCAGUUGUUCCAGAAGAAGUGAAGCCCAAGUAUAUCAAUGGAGCCAAGUGCUAUGGCCGCCGGACAAGACCAGAAUUCCAGGGCACCAAGUUAGAAACCUCCAAGUAUUUACAAGAACAGCAAGCAAAAGCAAAUAUUAAAAGCCAGUUGAGACGCUCAGCAUCCUUGGAGAGCGUGGAGAGCCUUAAAUCAGAUGAAGAUGCUGAAAGUGGUAAACAACCACUGCGUGAGCUGUUUGACAGUCAAGGCCCAGUGUGCCCCUGGGAUGAUGAUGAAUAUGAUGGCCCCCAAAAGACCUCUGGCUCUUACUUUGACAUGACUGAGAAUCAGGUUCGGGACAUCUGGGAAGACCUUGGAAUAGGAAACAGUGGGUACCUUGACAAGCAAGAGCUGGCUACUGUCUGUAAGAACAUUGGACUCAAAGAGCUGGAAAAAGAGGAACUUGAAGAACUAUUUAAUAAAUUGGAUAGUGAUGGAGAUGGCAGAGUAAGUUUUAAGGAAUUCCAUCUUGGCUUGUUCAGCCACAGCCCCAUUCCUUGUCCAGUGUCUUCCACGCCUCUCAAACCCAAAUGGCAAAGGUUGCAAAACUAUCAG